AUGGCACCAGUCAAGGAAGCUGUCCUCACUGACAAGGCCCCGAAGCCGCUCCCCGGCAUCUACAGCCAGGCCAUCAAGGCCGGCGGCCUGGUCUUUGUCUCUGGCGCCGUCCCCAUGGACCCCGAGACGCUGCAGCUGAUUCCUGGCGACAUUCAGGCUCACACUCACCAAUGCAUCAAGAACCUCAAGGCCAUCCUCGAGGCCGCCGGCACCACAAUCGAAAACGUCGUCAAGGUCAACGUCUUCCUCGCCAGCAUGGACGACUUUGCCAAGAUGAACGAGGUUUACAUGACCUACUGGGGCGACGUCAAGCCCUGCCGCACCUGCGUUGCUGUCAAGACUCUACCCCUCAACACAGAUGUUGAAAUUGAGUGUACCGCUGUUUUGUAA